AUGUGGAGGCGGCGGCGGAGGCGGCUGCUCCCGCUGCCGCCCUCGACGGCGUGGUGCAGGCGCUGCGCGGCGGGCGACGGCGCGCUCCUCUCGCUGCUGCUGCUGCUGGCGCCGCUGGCGGGGACGCCGCGCGCCUUCAACCUGGACCAGGAGAAAGUCGCCGUCUACAGCGGCCCCGACGGCAGCUAUUUCGGCUACGCGCUGGACUUCUACAGCCCCGCGCCGCACGCAGUUAGCGUUUUAGUCGGAGCACCUAAAGCUAACACGACCCAGCCAGACAUCGUGGAAGGAGGAGCGGUGUACUAUUGCCCAUGGCCAGCCACUGAGUGUAAACAGAUCCCCUUUGAUAAUACAAAUAACAGGAAAAUCAAGGUCAAUGGCACAAGAGAGCCCAUUGAGUUUAAAUCUAAUCAAUGGUUUGGAGCAACAGUCCGAGCUCAUAAAGGAAAAGUCGUGGCUUGUGCUCCCUUGUAUCACUGGAGGACUCUGAAAGCUACACCUGAAAAAGAUCCAGUUGGCACCUGCUACGUAGCAAUUCAGAAUUUCAGCGCCUAUGCUGAGUAUUCUCCUUGUCGUAACAACAAUCCGGAUCCUGAGGGACAAGGUUACUGUCAAGCAGGAUUCAGCUUAGAUUUUUACAAGAAUGGAGACCUCAUAGUAGGAGGACCUGGCAGUUUUUACUGGCAAGGUCAGAUUAUCACCAGUAGCAUUGCAGAUAUUAUCACAGACUAUUCCUUCAAGAAUAUUCUCAGAAAACUGUCACGAGAAAAGCAAACUGGUGUGGCACCAUCAGUAUAUGAUGACAAUUAUCUGGGGUACUCAGUGGCUGUGGGCGAAUUUACUGGAGAUUUUCAACAAGAACUGGUAGCUGGAGUCCCAAGAGGUGCACAGAACUUUGGCUAUGUUUCAAUUAUAAAUUCCACAGAUUUGACCUUCAUUCAGAAUUUCACUGGUGAACAGAUGGCAUCUUAUUUUGGAUACACUGUUGCAGUUUCAGACGUUAACAAUGAUGGGUUGGAUGACAUCCUAGUUGGUGCUCCUCUCUUUAUGGAACGUGAAUUUGAGAGCAACCCUAAGGAAGUUGGGCAGGUGUAUCUUUAUCUGCAAGAGAGUUCCCUACUCUUCAGAGAAGCACAGGCCCUGUCUGGCACUGAGAUGUUUGGCAGAUUCGGCAAUGCCAUUGCACAUCUUGGAGAUCUGAACCAGGAUGGAUAUAAUGACAUUGCAAUAGGCGCACCGUUUGCGGGAGAAGAUAGAAGAGGGAAAGUCCUCAUUUACAAUGGAGUCAGUAAUGGGUUAAAUCCUAAGCCUUCCCAGGUUCUCAGUGGCAUGUGGGCCUCCCCGUCAGUGCCUGCGGGAUUUGGUUUUACACUAAGAGGAGAUUCAGACAUAGACAAGAAUGAUUACCCAGAUUUAAUUGUGGGUGCAUUUGGAGCUGGAAAAGUUGUCGUUUACAGAGCAAGACCAGUUGUGACGGUGACUGCCCGGCUCUUACUCUCUCCGGCGAUUGUAAAUCCAGAGAAUAAAACUUGUCAGCUUCCUGACUCUUUGACUUGGGCAGCUUGUUUUACUGUAACUGUCUGUGUGGCAUAUGAAAGUCCAGGGAUUUCAGAUAAAUUAGCUCUGAGAGCUGAGCUGCAGUUAGAUGCCUUAAAAGUCAAAGGAGCUGUGAAGCGGACCCUCUUCCUGGAUUAUCAUCAAUCACAGCAUGUCUUCCUCCUCGUAAUAGCCAGGCAGAACUCGCUCACUUGCCAGGACUUUGUGGUUUAUCUCAGAGAUGAAACCGAAUUUCGAGAUAAAUUGUCUCCAAUCAACAUUACCUUGAAUUACACCUUAGAUGAAUCUGCUUUUUCGGAUGGCUUAGCUGUGAAGCCAAUAUUGAACUAUUACCAAGAAAACAUUGUUGCAGAGCAGGCUUACAUUCUUGUGGAUUGUGGAGAAGACAACGUGUGCAUUCCAGACUUGAAGCUUUCCGCUGUGCCAGACAGAGAUCAAAUUGUAAUUGGGGAAGAAAACUGUAUCAUGCUUGUGAUCAAUUCAAGAAAUGAAGGUGAAGGAGCCUAUGAAGCUGAGCUGCAUAUAAAGAUACCUCCCGAAGCAGAUUACACCGGUGUUGAGCGUAACAACAAGGCGCUACGCGUGCUGAGCUGUGAUUACAAGAUGGAAAAUGAAACUAGAAUGGUGAUUUGUGACCUCGGGAACCCCAUGGCAGCUGGAACAAAUUUUUCUUCAGGCAUCAGAUUUACUGUUCAGCGUUUUGAAACCGCUGAAUUCAGCAUCCCAUUUGAACUGCAAGUGAGAAGUUCCAACAAGGUUAAUCCCAACAGUAAUUUGGUUGACCUUCAAAUUGACAUAAGUGCAGUUGCUCAAGUACAGGUCAGAGGAGUCUCUCAUCCUCCACAAAUUGUUCUGCCGAUCCAUAACUGGGAACCAAAGGAUGAACCUACCAAAGAAGAUGACAUUGGGCCUUUGGUAGAACAUAUAUAUGAGUUGCACAACAUUGGGCCAAGUGCCAUCAAUGAUACAGUCUUGUACGUGGAAUGGCCAGUGCUGAGCAGGAAGGAAUUCCUGCUUUACAUCCUUCACAUUCAGACGCAUGGACCGCUGCAAUGUCAAACCAGCUCUGCAAUCAACAGUCUGGAAAUAAAGUUUGCUGUCCCGGAGGACACUCCAGAACUCGCUGCCUUUUUGAGGAACUCCUCUAUCCCCCACUAUGUUGGACGGCGGGAAGCCAAAGUGGUGGAGCAUCAAAAGAACUCCGCAAGAAUUCUGAAUUGCACAAAUGUAGAAUGCUUAGUGAUCACUUGUUCGGUGGGACUCUUAGAAAGAGGGAAAAGUGCUGCACUGAAAAUACGGUCUCGUUUAUGGGCCUCCACAUUUCUACAGAGAAAAAAUGGCCACUAUUCUCUUUCUGUCAAUGUGUCAUUUGAAGUAAAGAAGAUGCCAUACAAAGUUCAGCCAGCAAAACUCUCCGAAGGAAGCAUAGCGAUCAAAACAUCUAUUAUUUGGGCUACUCCAAAUGUUUCCUUUAUAAUCCCACUGUGGGUUAUAAUAUUAGCCAUACUCCUUGGACUGCUGGUUCUGGCUAUGUUGACCUUAGCUUUGUGGAAGUGCGGCUUCUUUGACAGAGCGAGGCCUCCUAGGGAUGACAUGGCGGACAGAGAGCAACUAACAAGUGACAAGACUACUGAUGCAUAGAAGAGGAGAGUAGAAACUUGCUAAAGGUUUCAUCUGCCAAGAACCUUCCUCUGAACUCAAGACUGCCAAGGUGUUGUUUUGAUCUGAACUAAGCAACAUUCUACACAUUAUGAACAUAAGAAGAGCCCUGCUGGAUGUGACCAAAGGCCUAUCUAGUCCAGCAUUCUGUUCCCACAGCGGCCAACCAGAUGCCUACCACAAACUCCCACAGUGGCCAACCAAAUGCUUAUGGGAAAUCCACAACAGCAUGUGACUGCGACAGCACCCUUCCGCUCAUGUUCUUCAGCCAUUGGUAUGCCAAGGCAUAUACUGCUUUCAAUACUGGAGGAAAUUUAUCUACAUCAUGACUAGUAGCCACUGAUUGCCUUAUCCUCCGUGAAUUUGUUUGAUCCCCUUUCAAAGCCGCCCAAAUUAGCAGCAUUGCUACAUCUUGCGGUAGUGUACAUUCACUACGUAAUAACUAUAGAUGGCAGAAAAGAACAUAAGAAGAGCCGUGCCGGAUCAAACCAAGGGUUCAUACAGUGGCCAAACAGCUGUCGACCAGUACAUUAUCACUGUCUCAAAAACCUAUCCAGCUGAUGAGCAAAAAAUGUUAUCAAAAAAUCACUUCAGUCACUUCAAACUGCGAUAGAAUUUUCACCACACAUGGGGUGCAUUAAAGCACUCAGGCCUGAACCAUGGGGGAUGAACAGCCUUGGGUGCUGCAUGGCUUAAAGAUGAGCAGGACAAAAUGUUCAAACUCUCCUGUACGAGGACAGAACGUUGUGACACCUCCCUAAGGAUGAGAACGACUACGAAACUCUGGCUCAGGGAGACAAGCAAUAUCGUUGGUACUGUGAAAGUACUUCUGAAAAGCAAAACUUGCCUUUAAAAAUACAAUUAUUUAUUUUCCCAACUUUUGUAGACUUGGCAUCCUAACCAAAAAUAAGUUCUGAAGUUUUAUACUCACAUUAACAGCUUCAGUAUUUCGUAUGUAAAUAGAGUGAAUGUAUUGUGCACAUUCCAUAUACCAGUUAUAAGUGUUUGGAGAGAAGCAGAAUUACCUAGUAUUUUAUUGGAUGGAGAAUCAUAGAAUCGUGGGCCUAGAAAGGAACCCUGAAGAUUAUCUAGUUCAUCCCUGAUCCCUAAAGCAUAGAACAUAGGGCUUUCCAUUUAUUUAAUCACAUCACGCCAUGAACAUAACCGAUUAAGAUAAUCCACUUUAACUUGAUAGUCAAGCACAGAAUAUAGACCGUAGUAAAUGGUCUAUAUUCUACUAAUACAACCCAGUUGUUCUUAGCAAGUGAGCCAAGCCAUACACUACAAGAGGAGGCAAAGAAAAAAGCCAGCUAACAAACCUGAUUUGGGACAAAACAUCUUAAAUAAAUUAAACAAGAUCAGUUAAACCUUGGCAUUGAUGCAAAUUCCAUUCACCAACUCUUCCUGAGAAAAGUUCUUCUACGGCGAGUCCACCAUAUUCAACAUCCGCUUCCAAGUGGAACUGCCACUGCAGAUUCUGUAGCAGGGUGGGGGGAAAGCUGAGAUCUAAGGCCAAUCAAACCCUUCCUAAUCCCAAUGUGGCACAUCUGGUUGGCAGAUUAAAAAUUGCAAAAUGGCCUUCCUAAACUUUUCCAAAUCUGUUUUGAAACCCAUGCGAGGGUUGUGCCUUUGCUUUUGUGGUUUGUUUUUGCUCUGAUAACUUUUCUAGGGAUUUAACUUUCCCCACAAAUUCUAAAUACUGAAUAGUUAAGAAUGUCUUUCCCCUCUCUAUCUUCAGUUUAUUGGUGGACAACUUAGAGACCCCUAGUUCUUUUACUUCUGCAGGACUGUUCUGGGCACAGAAGCUCCAGUUUGCUCCUCCACAUGGAAUGGCUUUCUAUUUAUUUUGAUGGAGAAAGCCAAUCUGUGUGCAUUCCUCCUCAUGUAUAAAAAAUAAACCGGGUACAAUUGAGAGUAAUUUGGGUACUGUGCACACAAGGAAACUAUGUGUACAACUGAUUUCUGAACUGGGAUUAUCUGCUUUAUUAUUUUCAUUAUUAGUAUUAAUAUUAUUAAGAGCUGACUUAUUUCUCUGUUGGUUUUUAUGAACACAUUGUAUGUUCUUUGAACUGUAGGCUGUGAGUCGACAGUCAUUGCACCAAAUCCAGAAAAAAAAUCCAAGGUGUUCUACAAACAGCAGCCUUCAAAAUAGCCACCAGUCUGUUGGCUUUGUAAUGGCUGUACCAGAGUACCUUCCACUGACAUGGUGGGCCUCGCUUAGCAAUGGAUUCCAAAUAUGUUUGUGCAAAACAUCUGGAUGAAUUUUUGAACUUUCCAUACUCCCUUUGUCUACUCUCAUCUUUUGGAUCUAAAAGUAAAACAUUGAAUGUAGAAGUGUUUGUACUUCUCAAUGCCUCACUCUCUUCCCUUCCCCCAGCUGGUUGGUUGACAUCCCGUUUAAGACCAUAUGUCCUAGAUUCAGUUGUUCCAAUAAUCCUAAGUUUUGCUUUGCCAAAAACUUUGUAGUGACAUCAGGCUGGAAAGGGAGGAAAGACUAUUGAUGCCUGAGCCCCAUUCCAUUCUGCUUCUAGAGGCCCUUCAGCAUCCUGAACCUGAAACUUUUCCAACCUUUUCUUCUUCUUCUUUUUCAAACAUGGGAAGAGAUUAGCCAGCAUCACACCUCAUGGAUCUCCUGACAGAGGGCCUUGCUAGACCUACCUGAUAAUCCAGUGGGGAGUCGGGGCAAGGCCACGCUGCAGCUAGCGUGGGCCGUCACCCCUAGCUAGACGUAACA